ACACUGCAACUCAGAUCCUCCUUGGAUUUCACUUUGAGAGCUCUGGCUGGAUUGGGGUCAGUGAGGGCUGGCAUCAAGAUGAAGGGCAGCCAGGCUCCUCCUCCCUGGAGAUGUGGCUCCAAUCCCUCCCUUUAAUCCUUUUCUACCCACUCUACCCCCACGACUCCCUCACUGACCAGUGUCCUGGGCCUUUAAGAGUUGGAUGGGCUGGACUGAAGACAGCUCACACUUCUCCCCACCUCACUCCUUCCUUCUGGCUGCAACUGCCAGUCACAGCAGCAAACUGCAGUAGAAGAGGGGAGGAAGCCAGCCAGUGCAAGAGGAACAAAGGAGAAAAGGAGCCGGCUGGGUUUUCUCAUUUCACAGUGGAGAGCAUCGCAGAGUUCACAGAUACAGGACUGCUCUCCCGCACACGGUGACUCUGGCGCCAGCUGGUAGAACAGUGGGUAAUGGCAUCCCUGCUUCAAGGCCGGCUACCCGUCAAUCAGGACGUGCUGCUGAUGCAGAAAGGUACGCUGAUGCGCAAGGUGAGAUCCAAAAGCUGGAAGAAGCUAAGAUACUUCAGACUUCAGGAAGAUGGCAUGACAGUCAGGCAUGCCCGGCAGGCUGGAGGCAGAAGCAAGGCCAGCUUCUCAAUUUCUGACGUGGAGACAGUGCGUAAUAGCCAUGAGUCCGAGUUGCUGCGCAGCCUGGCGGAGGAAUUUCCCCUGGAGCAUGGUUUCACCAUCGUCUUCCAUGGCCGCCGCUCCAACCUGGACCUGGUGGCCAACAGUGUUGAGGAGGCCCAGAUUUGGAUGCAGGGGCUCCAGCUAUUGGUGGACUUUGUCACCAGCAUGGACCAACAGGAGUGGCUGGACCAAUGGCUUAGUGAUUGGUUCCAGCGUGGAGACAAAAACCAGGAUGGUAGGAUGAGUUUCGAAGAAGUCCAGCGGUUACUGCACCUGAUGAAUGUGGAAAUGGAACCAGAAUAUGCCUUUCAGCUUUUCCAGGCAGCAGACAUGUCCCAAUCUGACACUCUGGAGGGAAAAGAAUUUGUAGAGUUCUAUAAGGCAUUGACUAAGCGUGCUGAGGUGCAGGAACUGUUUGAAAACUUUUCCGCUGAUGGGCAGAAGCUGACCCUGCUGGAAUUUGUGGAUUUCCUCCGAGAGGAGCAGAAAGAGGGAGACCGUGCUUCUGACCUUGCUCUAGAACUCAUUGACCGCUAUGAGCCUUCAGAUAGUGGCAAGCUGCGGCAUGUGCUGAGCAUGGAUGGCUUCCUCAGCUACCUCUACUCAAAGGACGGAGACAUCUUCAACCCAUCCUGCCGCCUCAUCUACCAGGAUAUGACUCAACCCCUGAACCACUACUACAUCAACUCCUCUCACAACACCUACCUGGUGGGGGACCAGCUUUGUGGCCAGAGCAGCGUCGAGGGAUAUAUACGGGCCCUGAAGCGGGGGUGCCGCUGUGUGGAGGUGGAUAUAUGGGAUGGACCUAGUGGGGAACCUGUUGUUUACCAUGGACACACCCUGACCUCUCGUAUCCUGUUCAAAGAAGUUGUGGCCACUGUAGCACAGUACGCCUUCCAGACAUCAGACUAUCCAGUCAUCUUGUCCCUGGAGAACCACUGCAGCUGGGAGCAGCAGGAGAUCAUAGCACACCAUCUGACCGAGAUCCUGGGGGAACAGCUGCUGAGCACCACCUUGGAUGGGCAGCUGCCCACUCAGUUGCCCUCACCUGAGGAGCUUCGGAAGAAGAUCCUGAUAAAGGGGAAGAAGUUAAGGACGCUUGAGGAGGAUCUUGAAGAACAGGAAGAGGAGGAAGAGCUAAAGACUGAACUAGAGAGGGAGCGGGAGGCUGAGCUGGAGCUGGAGUCCCAGUUUGAGUCUGAGACCCAGGAGCUGAGCCCACGCAGUAAGGACAAAAAUGAGAAGAAAUGCAAGGCCAUCUUGUGUCCAGCGCUCUCUUCCCUGGUUGUCUACACAAAGACUGUCUCAUUUUACAACUUUACUCAUUCGAGGGAGCACUACCGCUUCUAUGAGUUAUCGUCUUUCACUGAAACCAAGGCCAAGAGCCUCAUCAAGGAGGCUGGCAAUGAGUUUGUGCAGCAUAAUGCUUGGCAGUUAAGCCGUGUGUAUCCCAGUGGUCUGAGGACAGAUUCAUCCAACUACAACCCCCAGGAAUUCUGGAAUGCAGGCUGCCAGAUGGUGGCUAUGAAUGUGCAGACUGCGGGGCUUGAGAUGGACCUCUAUGAUGGGCUCUUCCGCCAGAAUGGUGGCUGUGGCUACGUGCUGAAGCCAGACUUUCUACGUGAUACCCAGAGUUCCUUCCAACCCGAGAGGCCCAUCAGCCCUUUCAAGACCCAGACCCUUCUAAUCCAGGUGAUCAGUGGUCAGCAACUCCCCAAAGUGGACAAUACCAAAGAGCAGUCCAUUGUGGAUCCACUGGUGAGAGUAGAGAUCUUUGGUGUUCGCCCAGACAUAACCCAUCAGGAGACCAACUAUGUGGAGAACAAUGGUUUUAAUCCAUACUGGGGGCAGACACUAUGCUUCCGGGUGCUGGUGCCUGAGCUGGCCCUGCUGCGUUUUGUGGUGAAGGAUUACAACUGGAAAUCCCGAAAUGACUUUCUCGGUCAGUACACCCUGCCUUGGACCUGCAUACAACAAGGUUACCGCCAUAUACACCUGCUCUCCAAGGAUGGCACUAGCCUCCAUCCAGCUUCCAUCUUCGUGCACAUCUGCAUGGUGGAAGGGCUGAAAGGGGAUGAAUCUUAAGGCAGGAGAAUCUUCACGCGACGACAAGAGUCAAUGCCGCUUCGCAGCCCUCUCGGACGACUACUCUACUCUGACACCGAUGAAGAU